UUCUCGACUUCUCGCUUCUAGGGCUCGCUCGAGGUGCGGAUAGAUGCGCGGUUCGGAGGACGCGAGAGUGGGUGUGUACGAGAGUGGUGGUCUCGAGAAAAUCUACAAAUAUCUCCCGACCCCGCAGCGCAACCGAUGAGCUCGCAACGAAGGACCGGCCUGACUCCUGUCGGAAUCCUUUGGCUUCGGUUCCUUUCGCGGGGCAUUAAUUUGGCAUUCUCUCGCUACGAUGUGUCGCCCCUCGCUCCGUCACCAUCUUCGUAGACGGACAGGGACACUUGUCGAUGUUCCUCGGAUGUGUAUGCGUAGUGGAGUGCGGCGGUGGAGUGGAACCGAAAAGCUUGUUGGGUAUUGAUACGAUCAAGGCCGAGGGGGUAGAAAGGCAAAAGCGAGGUGGAGCGAAAAGGGAGGAGGAAUCAUCUUUUACACACACUAUGAUCGAAAUGCAUCAAUGCCCCCCAUGCCCAUGCCCGAAGUUCGCAACGUGAGUCACCUCUCGAGACGAGUCACCACCGAAACUGCUGCUGCGGCAUGGUGGCGACCAAUCGAGCCGCGGUCCUGUCGACACGGCCCGGAGUGUAGCUCUAGGAAUUCGGACCCCUCGUCAUGUCGAGCGUAGAAAUCUAGUAAAUUUGUUACGGGCAUGCGAGUUACACCUGGGAGUGUUAGCGUGGAGGUUUUAUUUAUUCCCCGGGGAAUAACAAAUCGCCACGAUGAGCUCUGAAGCACUGCACACAAUCUUCCAAAGUUCCAGAAUCCAAUUAGGGAUUCCCGUUGGUAUCUGACACGAUUCCACAGCCCGGAGAAUUACGUGCCUGCCUAACGGCUGCGAUCGUCGCGAUGCCCGUCGAAGAGAGAGAAUGAGUUAGCGGAUUAUGCCAGUGCUCCAGCAAAGUGGAUUAGAGAAUUUCGCUGCGGCUGAAUCUGCUUUGCAUGCUAAAGACAUGCGAGCCUUCUCAAAUCUAGUGGGGGAUAAGUCGAGCGUGGUGGUCUGGACAACGAUCCCACUCAAUGUCCCCUUACGUACCUCCCCCUCUCUCCACCUCUCACUCCCGCUCUCUACUCUCCUCCCUCCCUCCCUCUCUCUCUCUCUCUCUCUCGCUCCCUCGAGGGAUCUGUCUGCACAGCACCAGACUGCAGCAUGCGCAAACGAAUCGUGAUCUUCGGCAUGACGACGAACAAACUGUGCAGAUUCACAUCCACAAGUUGCGCUACAAUGUCCUCACCAUCACCACAACCACGCCGCUCCAAGCACAAGCACAAAUGGCCCACGCCUUUCCCUUUCGUGGACGGAAAGGCGGCUUCUAGAGGACGGCGUUUGUAGCCUCGUAGUGGAAAGGACCAAGUGGGCACCGAAUUGGCGCCAGCUUCAUGCCAAGCCUUUGCAAAUAGGAACGUUUGGCUCCAUCCACAUCCGACACUUGCAUCCGUGAACUAGAUUCCCCGGGCCCGAUCAUCUGGAACCGUCCGUGGUUGAUUUUCUCUAACCCGUCGGUUGUCCGAGGCGGCUUAAAAGUUAACCCAAUCGCCGGGUCCUGAUUCCAGAUUCCAGAUUCCAGAUUCCUAACCUCGUAAGUGACCGCCCCGCCGUGGUUAUUUUCGAACCGCCGUCGUCGUGCUUGGAUCCCGUCAACCCAAUCACCGGGCCCGGAUUCCAGAUCCGUAACCACGUAAAAAGAGCCGGCGAACCGGAACAAGAGUCGCCACAAUUGACUCCAGGUGGUGGUGGGAUCGAGGUUCGAGCUUCGUCGGGUAGAGGGAGGGAGGGAGGGAGGAGGAGGAGGAGGAGGAGGACGCAAUUACACCGGAGCGUCGAGAGUGGGGACUGGCGGAGGAAAGGACCUAAUGAGCCAUCGCCAGCAGUCAUCGGAGGCAUUAAAUGAGCGAUAAGCAAAUUGAUUGUCCGAUGCUUUUUGCGGAACCCUCAUUUGAGCCAAUCAUGCCCUCGCUGCACUGUUUUCGGACUCUUGCACCGUUCUCGCAUACAACCAAAGGCUCCGUCAGAGCUGCAGUCCCGUGCCUCCCUAGGCUAGGUGUGGUUAGCAAGAAACGAAAGCGUUGCACACGAAGGUUUAAAUUUAUACAUGGCCCAGCGAGGGCGAUUGCCCCGAUUCAAGGAAAACCAAGUCCCCGCGGAGAACCAGAUUGACUUUUAAGGUUCGCUCGCCAAAAGCACAAGCACGCAGUCCCGUUUGUCAUCUUUCGGUAAAUCGUUCAGGCCUCUUGGGCAAAGAAUCCGUUUUCUGUCAUGUUCGUCUUUUAUCGCUUACCGGAGUGUAGGUCUGAGCGAAAAGCUUAUUGACUAGCUCUGUCACCAGCGUUGAUCGCUUCCCUUUCCUCCCCUUCUUGGAUGGUGGGUACCCAUGCACGGGGUGAAAGGCAAAGAGAAGCGACGGACGAGGCAAAUCAGAUGAUACCAUGCAAACAUGUCCGAGAUGUACUGAGGUAUCUCUCCAUCUGCUUCAUUGCUCCCAUACUCUUAUGACCUAGCCAAGUUUUUGGUGGCAUGUACCCAUGCAGCCUUACAUUGUGAGAUGUCAUUUCAUGUUAGGGCCAAAUGAUUGACAUGUGUGAGGAAUACCAAACUCUCAGAAUUUUAUGUUGAGCUCGUGUUAGGAUAACAAGCAUGCAAAUCCACUCUGCGGAGUUAGAGUUAAGCAAUAAAGGGUG